UGAGUUUUGAAUUUGAAAAUGUUUGAGUGAAGGAUUCGACGUGCGUCUUUGCUUCGACUUUACCCGAAAUCACGAGUUCACCAUGAAGUUCAACAGGACCAAGGCGGGACCACUGUUGAUAUGGAUGAACGCCAUGUUUCCAGAGAAGCCGAUCUGGGAGUUCGUUCAUUUGAGAGAUGGGAUCCGACUCCUGGAGAUCUUCGGCAAACUAAACGGGGAGGAGAACAUUGAGGUUUUAAAGACUUUAUCCCUGGAUGAGAAAUUGAAAAUCAUCUUCAAUGAUUUGCAUGAUAAAUAUCACCUCACCAAAAGACAAAGUUUCCUCAUCUUACAGAAAAUCAGUCAUGGGAUUGACCUGGAGCUCCAGCUUGCUAAGGUGAUGCUUCUGCUAUGUUACUGCAGUUUUAAAAAGGGCAACCUGUUACCCUUGGAUUCAAGAACAGAAUUGCCGGAGAUUACAUCCAUGUUUCGUUUUGUUAAAGUUGAUCUUGAUGGUUUGUCGUUAGACGAAGGCUUGGAUCAGUUUCUAGACCAAGACUCGGUUCCGACGGUUGUGAACUCGAGCGGCGUGAGCAGCGGCAGCUCGAUAUCGUACACUGACGACGAGUCUCCGCUCUUCAGCCGGUUCCAGCGGCCUCCCAGAGUUCAGUUUCAAGAGCUUUGCACAGUGGCGUCCAGCUCAGACAGCUCUCCAGUGCCGGAUUUAAUGAGCACACCACAUUUCCAGUUGAAGCGACUCCGGAAAGAAUUGGCACAUGAGGGAGAUGUGAGAGACGAGCUGGAGAAAGAACUGACUGAUCAGAUCAACAUCAUCUCUGAAAAAGAGGGUCUGAUAGUCCAGCUGCAGCACAGGGUGGACCGAAUGCUGAGAGAGCAACGAGAGCUGGAGAAAGACCAUAAAGCUGCUCUUCUGGAGCUGCAGGAGAAGAACGAGAGUCUUCUCCGCAGAGUGCACGAAGUUGUGAAGCAGUGCCAUGACUUAAAAACCGAAAACUCUCAGAAGGACAAACAGAUUGAUAAACUAACAGAUGAGAACCAAACUUUCGCUGCUCAGGUGCGAAACGCCUUCGCUCAGCUGGCGAGAGCCGAGGAGGAAGUUACUAAACUCACGUCGGCUCAUGAAUCGUCACUGGCUGAGUGGAGGAGCAGAAAGGAGUUUCUCGAGCACGAGUUGAACGAGGCCGUCACACACAGGGAGUGUCUGAGUGAGCAAGUGCAGAUCCUUCAGGGAAAGAUCUCCGUUCUGGAGGAUGAACUCCUGAAAGCUCAGUCUCAGGAGAGAGGAGAGGUUUUGGGACCCAUCAUGGAGUGGGAAAAGCUUAAACAGGAGCUGGCAGAUCUGACUCUUAAACUUGCUGAGCUUCAGGACACUAUUUCCCGUCUUGAGAAGGAGAAGACGAAAGUUGAGGCUUUGUUGGCCGAGGAGAGAGCCUCUUUUGAAAAGGAAACCAGAAGACUACAGAUAGUUGUGUUCGAUCUGGAGCAGUCAGUCAACAGCAUCCGUUUGGAGAGAGAAACACUAGAGGAGGCAUUACGGAGUCAGAAAGAAAUGCUCACUGCGCAGAUAUCAGCUCUGGAAAGUGAUGUUUCUCGUCUGCAGCAAGUGGAAGCGCAGCUGACAGCGGAGAUCAAAAUCUCUGCCGACCUCCGCCAACAGAGAGAAGAGCUGGAGGGGAAGGUUGUCUCUUUAGACAAGAUGGUUCAUGCUCUGCAUGCUGAGAUCCAGGGUUUGGAAGUGGAGAGAGCAUCACAACAGGACGUCCUGAAUGCCUUGAUUAUUGAGUUGCAAAGCGCCAAGAACACAGUUCAGGAAUAUGAGAAGAAGCUGGAAGAGCAUCAAAAAGUGGUAGCAGAGAAUGUUUCUUUGAAAAAGGAGGCGUGCACAUUGCAGCAGGAGCUUGAUGAGCAUCUGCAGGCCAUUGGAGACCUUCAGGGGCAAAUAAAUGUUCUCGGACAGGAGAAAACUGAAGGAGAGAACCAGGUUAGUCAGGCUUUGACUAAAAUCGAAAGCCUCCAAACUCACAUUCUGGAAAUGUCCGAGCAGAUUUCCCUAAAGGACGAAGAAAUCAGAAAUCUGAGGAACGAGUACGACUCUGUUGACCACGAGCUGAAGCUUGUGAAGGAACAAAAUAUUGAAAUAAACCAAUUGAUCAAAUCAAAUCGCAAAGAGCAUGAGGAGACGGUUAAAAAACUUCAGCAAGAGCUUCACUCGGCUUCUUCAGCCGCAUCAGAAAAACAAGAGGAAAUGCUGGUGCUGUCAACGGAGGUAACCUCUCUGAAAGAGCAGAUCUGCCGUUACAGUGAAAAUGAAGAUCUGAAACAACAAGAAAUCUCUGUUUUAGAGACCAAUCUCAGCGUGUUGCAGGAAAACCUGACCUCUCUUAUGAACCAGCUGGCUGAGGCGACAGCUACAGCUUCACAUAAAGAUGCUGAGCUUCUCUUAGUUCAAAAUGAGCUUCACCAACAAGAAAGCCUUCGAAAAAAGGCUCAGGAGCUUGAGACUGCCAAGCGUGAAGAACUUGAGAGAACAGUAAGUAAACUUCAAGGUAAAGUCCAACAAGUCUCCACUUUUGCCUCUGAGAGGGAGGCUUCUCUUCAAAAUGAGUUGGAGGAUCAAUUGAAGGCCAAACAGUCUGCAGAUGAUCUCCGCACACAGCUAGAGGAGAAGGUAGAAACUCUGCAAGGUGAACUAGAUGCGGUCAAUCGUUGUGCUGCAGACAAAGAAAAUCUGCUGGGGUCUUUAGAUCAAAAGCAGAAGGAGAUGGAAGGGCUUUUCCUUCAAAAGGAGAAAGAUGUCCUGGAAUUGCAUCAGGCAAAGGAGGAUCUGGAGAAGAGGAUUCGUGAGCUUGUUGUUGAGAAACAACAACAACUGGAAGAGUACCAGCAGAAUUUGGAGAUGGUAAGGAGGGAAAAAGAUCACCUGUCAACUGAAGUAGACUCUCUAAAUGAUAAGAUACGCAGUUACCAGGACACUGAAGUGCAAAAUCAACAAGAGAUGUCCGUUUUAAAGGUAGAAUGCAACCAGUUAAAAGAAAACAUGGCUGGGCUUGAGAAGAAGUUAUUAGAUGAGACGACUGCAGCCUCACAGAAAAAUUCGGAGCUUCUCUUGCUUCAAAAUGAGCUUCAUGAACAAGAACAUAUUAGAGAAAAGGCUCAGGAACUUGAGAGAACAGUGAGUGAACUUCAAGAUAAAAUCCUAGAGAUCUCCACUCUUGCCUCUGAGAGGGAGGCUUCUCUUCAAAAUGAGUUGGAGGAUCAGUUGAGGGCAAAACAGUCUGCAGAUGAUCUCCGCACACAGCUAGAGGAGAAGGUAGAAACCCUACAAGGAGAACUAGAUGCGGUCAAUCGUUGUGCUGCAGACAAAGACAAUCUGCUGGGGUCUUUAGAUCAAAAGUUGAAGGAGAUGGAAGGGCUUUCCCUUCAAAAGGAGAAAGAUGUCCUGGAAUUGCAUCAGGCAAAGGAGGAUCUGGAGAAGAGGCUUGUUGAUGAGAAACAACAACUGGAAGAGUACCAGCAGAAUUUGGAGAUGGUAAGGAGGGAAAAAGAUCACCUGUCAACUGAAGUAGACUCUCUCAAUGAUAAGAUACGCAGUUACCAGGACACUGAAGUGCAAAAGCAAAAAGAGAUGUCGGUUUUAAAGGUAGAAUGCAACCAGUUAAAAGAAAACAUGGCUGGGCUUGAGAAGAAGUUAUUAGAGGAGACGACUGCAGCCUCACAGAAAAAUUCGGAGCUUCUCUUGCUUCAAAAUGAGCUUCAUGAACAAGAACGUAUUAGAAAAAAGGCUCAGGAACUUGAGAGAACAGUGAGUGAACUUCAAACUAAAAUCCUUGAGGUCUCCGCUCUUGCCUCUGAGAGAGAGGCUUCUCUUCAAAACGAGUUACAAGAUCUCCGCACACAGCUAGAGGAGAAAGUAGAAACCCUUCAGCGACAAUUGGAAACAGCCACUCUUGAAGUCACAGACAAAGACCAACUCCUGCAGACUUUGCAUCAGAAGCUGAAUCAGUCAGAACUGUUGUGCCAACAAAAGGAGAAAGAUGUUCUCGAUAUGCAGCAGGUAAAGGAUGACUUCGAGAAGAGGAUUGAUGAGCUUGUUGUUGUGAAACAACAACUGGAAGGGCACCAGCAGAAUUUAGAGUUGGUGAAGAAAGAAAGAGAGCAUUUGUCAACCGAAGUAACAUCUCUCAAUGAUAAAAUCCGCAGUUACCAGGAAAGUGAAGUCCGGAAGCAACAGGAGAUGUCUGAUUUAGAGGGUAAACACAACACAUUAAUGGAGAACUUGGCUGCUCUUAAGACACAAGUGGCAGAGCUGACAACUGCAGCUUCUCAGAAGGAGUCUGAGCUCAUGUUGCUUCAAAAGGAGUCUAGCAAAAAGGCCCAGGACCUCGAGAAGGACGUAUGUGAACUUCAGGCUAAAAUACAAGAGGUUUCCGCUCUCGCCUCUGAAAGGGAAGCUCAAAUAAGUUCUCUUCGAAAUGAAAUGAAUGAUCAACAAUUAAGGGCCAAACAGUCUGAAGAUGAUCUCCGCACACAGCUAGAGGAGAAAGUAGAAACCCUUCAGCGACAAUUGGAAACAGCCACUCUUGAAGUCACAGACAAAGACCAACUCUUGCAGACUUUGUAUCAGAAGCUGAAUCAGUCGGAACUGUUGUGCCAACAAAAGGAGAAAGAUGUUCUCGAUAUGCAGCAGGUAAAGGAUGACUUCGAGAAGAGGAUUGAUGAGCUUGUUGUUGUGAAACAACAACAACUGGAAGGGCACCAGCAGAAUUUAGAGUUGGUGAAGAAAGAAAGAGAGCAUCUGUCAACCGAAGUAACAUCUCUCAAUGAUAAAAUCCGCAGUUACCAGGAAAGUGAAGUCCGGAAGCAACAGGAGAUGUUUGUUUUAGAGGGUAAACACAACACAUUAAUGGAGAACUUGGCUGCUCUUAAGACGCAAGUGGCAGAGCUGACAACUGCAGCUUCUCAGAAGGAGUCUGAGCUUAUGUUGCUUCAAAAUGAGUCUAGCAAAAAGGCUCAGGACCUCGAGAAGGGCGUAUGUGAACUUCAGGCUAAAAUACAAGAGGUCUCCGCUCUCGCCUCUGAAAGGGAAGCUCAAAUAAGUUCUCUUCGAAAUGAAAUGAAUGAUCAACAAUUAAGGGCCAAACAGUCUGAAGAGAAGGUCGAAACACUACAGAGACAACUAGACACUGCCAAUUGUGAGGUUACUGCCAAAAAACAUCUUUUGGAGUCUUUGGAUCAAAAGCUGAGGCAGACGGAAGAGAUGUGCCAACAAAAGGAAAAAGACGUCAUUGAGAUGCAUCAGGCGAAGGAGGAACUGGAGAAGAGGAUUGUUGAACUCGAUGCCAACAAACAUCAACUGGAUGGCUGCCAGCAGAAUUUGGAGAUGCUGAGGCAAGAAAGGAGCCAUUUGACUUCUCUCAACCAGUCUCUCCAGAGGGAGUGUGACGCCUCCCAGAAGAUUCGAGCUGAGCUCGAGUUGAAGAUUGAGGAGAAAAACGGUUCAAUCCUUGCUCUUAAAAAGGCUUCCCGACAGUGGGAGGAACAGAAUCAGGAACUCCUGGAACAGCUGAAGACAAAGUCAGAAGCAGUAGAGCACUACAAAUCACAGGUGGAGAAAGCCAUGAAUCACUACAACGGUAAAAAACAGCUGCUGGUGGAGGCUCAGGAACUGAACAAAAAUUUUGAGCAAUCACUUCAGGCCAGUAAGAGGGAAGUUAAAGCUCUUGAGGUGGAACUGAAGCUAGCACGCAUGGAGCUAGACCAGGCAAACGCCAAAGAGAAGAAGCUUGCGGCCAAAGUGAAAAACCUGGAGGCACAAGUCGAUUUUGCUGAUAGGCAACUGCAAGACCAUACGAAGAUGACUGAUGACAUCGAGUACAUGAGACAUAGGGAAAGUCAGUACGUACGAGUCCCAGAGAAACGUCAGGACACCAGCACCGACAGCUUGGAGUUUGAGCUGAACGAUUCGCUCAACCCUGACGGUCGUUCAGCAGUACCGGGUGAAUCCAGCACUCCGCUAGUACGCAGUUCUGAGCGCUUGGCUGCUAAACGCCGUGCCUUGGGGGCCGAAUCCCUGGAGACUCUCUACUUCACGCCAAUGGGUCAACAAGGCAACAAACGUAAAGCAGAUCACAACGAUGCCUUUGAACACAAACUGGAGUCCAGCAUCACUUCCAUUGGCGAUCUUGUGGUUGACUCUGCAAAGAAGUUGACCGCUUCGGCCCGCAGGCGGCGUACUACACAAGUCAUCAACAUCACACUUGCUAAGAAAACACCAGGAAGCGCUGAAGGUGAGGAGUCGUUCUCUAGUCUGCACUCUGCCCGAUCUCAGCCCAACUUGGCAGUCCAUCACUCGCGACCGAUCUCCAUGAACCUCUCAGAGGAAAGUUCAUCAAAAACAGACACCCUUCAAAAUCUGCCCGGGUAUCGCAGAAGUGCCGUGCAUACCAUCGCCCCACCAAGAGCCACCAGUACGUUCUGUAUCGGAGCGGAGAAUGAACCCGAACAUGCUUCUGAUGACUGGAUGCGAAUCGCCGAAUUGCAGGCACGAAACAAAGUCUGUCUGCCCCACCUGAAGAGCAGCUACCCGUUGGAGUCCAGGCCCAGCCUGGGACCCUCGUUCACUGUAACCGACGAUGACCUGCGCAUGGGUGACCCGGAUGAGACGAUCCGACGUGCUUCAAUGGCUCCGAGUCAAAUACUAGAGACGCUGAACUCUCGCCGCUUCUCCCUUGCGCCCGGAGCGAGUUCGACCCAAGGUCCUGCGGUCUCCCAGCCUCAGCGCGCCACCAUGUUGCCGGGUCAGAUCCGGUCCAGCACUGCGGCUCACCGGGCGUCUCGGCUCACCAAAACAAGCUCACAGCUACAUGCUUCAGAAAAUAAACGCAGCCCGCUGGCUCCCAAACGCCCUGGAUCCCAACUGCAAGGCCCAGACACACCUGAGGCUAAGAAAUUGGCAAGUUGCUUCCCACGACCAAUGACACCUAAAGGCAGGUUCGGAAACAGUCAAAACAGACCUCCAAACUCUCCGGCCGAGCGAAGGCAGUCUGUGGUGUUCACUGUCGUAAACACCCCGAAGAACAGCGGUCGAGGGGACAGCAGGCUUCAGCGCGGCCUCAACAAGCUGCGUAACAGCGCCCGCAAAUCUCCCGGCGUGGCCAGUCGCGCCCUGCGUUCAGCCGUGAGCGCCAAAUCUCCUCUCGACUCCACCCUCAGGAAGUCUCCCAGAAAUAAGUCCCCCAAAUCCUCCAACGCCAAAAAGAUGAGGUUCAGGAUUAAAGUCUAAAUUUGAGGAUUCAACAUACGCCAAUGAUUCCCUUUUCUAAUCUUUUCUCUUUGUAAAUAAGUUAUUUUUUUUAUUUUGGGAUGCAGUGAUCGUAAUUACUGUCCUGUUUGUCUAAUUGGUUGUUUGUGUAUUUUAUUUAAAUGUAUUCCUUUUUCUUUUAUAAUAAAAUAUCUCUGUCAAAUCAUUGA